AUGGGUCAACCAGGGGGAACCGGCCGUGGUCGCGCUGUGAAGGAAAAAACCGCGGCUGGUCCCACCACACAUCCUUGCUCGUCUCGAGAGAGAGAUGAAAAUCCUGCGUUUCAAGGAUGUGCAUGGGUUUCGAUCUCCUGUUCGCAACCUGAUCUGCCUUCAACGCGGCCCAGUGAUCCCGUCCCGAUGCGAAGAUUGGCCAUUGAUAUCCAUUACUUCCUUAGCGGCAUCCGGGACCGGCACUUGGAAUACAAUGGCUGGGCUCCAGACCAGAUCCUGGGCCCCCAAGGCGCUGCCAAAGCGGUGCACGGGCGACGGGGGUUUAGGGUGAUUGUAGCAGCAGAUCGCCGGGCGAGGCAAGGCAGAAAACGCAUGCUUUCUCCCAUUGUUCUACUCCAUACUGCUGGACAUCCCGCGAAGGGCCGAUUCGCUCUGGAAUGGCGAAGAAACGCAAUGUGGCGGCGCCUCGGGUUCGCCUUUGGCCACGGUUUCGACCGACCACCCUGCCCUGUUGCACACCUCUAG